UCUAUGAGCAGUGGGCCCGGUGUCACCUCAGCAAGCUGCUGUGUCACCAAGGAGCCAACAGGAGCCUCCUAAAAUGAGGAUGAAAAUAUCCAUCCUGAAUGGGAAAUGUGGCAUAGGAAAAAUGUGCAAAUUAGCAGUGUUAGAUACAGCUUUUAAGCAAAUCAAAUGAGCAUGAGCAGUUUCAGAUUGUGGCAGUACUGUGGAUCCAACUUGCAGUGGCUUCUUGCUUACAUAGCUGUUUGUAAGGUCUGCACCACUGUGUUACUGUUGCGGAGGGUGAAGGUAAUAGAGUCACAGAAUGGCUUGGCUUGGAAGGGACCUCAGUGCCCACCCUGUCCCUCCUCCCUGCUGUGGGCUGGUUGCCCAGGCUGUGCUCAGGAUGCCCAGGGCCUGGUUCAGUCUGGCCUUGAGCAUCUUCAGGGGUGGGUGUAUGGGAACUGCUGAGUCACGGCCUGAAGCUCUGAUUGAUCACCUGAGGUGAGCCAUGAGUCAGCCAGAGGAGCACAGGUGAAGGCAAUUCAGCUGUGCUUCCUGGCUGCACCCCUCCUAGACCUAUUGAAGAGCUGGCUACCAGAGGGGAAGGAUCUCUUCUGGAGAUCACCUCUACUGGUGUUUUGUGGAAUCUUUCAAGACCUGCAGCACAAAAGAAAAACUCUACAAAAAGGGACACCUUCAGAGCAAAAAUGAGCUUUGAGAGAGCCUACAAUGCCUUUAACAUCAGCAAUAGCACAGAUCUAGCUAUUGGAUUUACCUCUUCCACAGUAGCUGUUCUUCUAUUUGGGACAAAUUUUGUGCCAGUUAAAAAAUACGAUACUGGUGACGGAAUGUUCUUCCAAUGGAUUCUCUGUGCUUCCAUAUGGAUAGUUUCUUUGGUGGUCAAUUUAAUCCAGAAUUGCCCCCGCUUUUGGCCUUUGGCUAUGGUAGGAGGCUUCCUGUGGGCUACAGGCAACAUCACAGUUGUUCCUAUUAUUAAAACCAUAGGCUUAGCUCUUGGUCUUUUGAUAUGGGCUUCUUUCAAUUUGCUGACAGGCUGGGCAAGUUCCAGGUUUGGAUGGUUUGGAAUUGACCCAGAAGAGGUAGCAAGACCAGUCUUAAAUUAUAUUGGAGCUGGACUUUCACUGUUAAGUGCUGUCAUAUUUUUUUUUAUCAAAACUGAAGUCCAAACAUCUUCAGCUUCAUUAGAAAGCACGCCAUUACUGAGAGAAUCUUCUGUUAAUGCUUCUGAAGACACCUCUGAUGUCUCAUGGGUGACCAAUCUUUCUCCAGUAAAAAAAAGAUUUGUAGGAUGUAGCCUAGCUGUCAUAGCUGGAGUACUCUACGGUUCCAGUUUUGUACCAGUGCUUUAUAUCAAGGACCAUGGAAGAAGAAAUGGAACAAUAUAUGCAAGAGCAAGUCAAUUUGAUUUAGAUUAUGUUUUUGCACACUUCAGUGGAAUAUUUCUUACAAGUACCGUCUACUUUUUGAUCUACUGUGCAGUCAGGAAAAACAAACCUAAUGUUUAUCCCCAAGCCAUACUGCCAGGGUUUGUUUCUGGUUUGCUUUGGGCUGUAGCCAAUUGCUGCUGGUUCAUCGCCAAUCACUAUCUCAGUGCUGUGGUCAGCUUUCCAAUAAUUACUGCAGGUCCUGGCCUCAUUGCUGCAAUGUGGGGAGUCCUUGUAUUUAAAGAAAUCAAGGGCCUGAAAAACUACGUAUUGCUCUCAGUAGCAUUUUGCAUCAUUUUGGCUGGAUCGCUCUCCACAGCUUUUUCUAAAGUUUGAAGAUCUUCUUACCGGUAGAUGGUGCUGCUGUCCUGUAUAAUCCAAAGCACAGCAGUGUGUGUCAACGACUAUUGGCAAAAUGCAUGUCCAACAUUUAGCAUAACUUUUUUUCAGGGAAGUUAAGAAAAAAAAAAAAGAAAACCUUUAGCAGGCAAGAAAAUCUGGAAAUGUUUAUUUCCACAUUUCAAGGAUAUCAAAGGAUCUUAUUAAAUAAAGCCAGAUGAUUGUAUAGUUAGUGAUUUUGUUGGUUUAGGUAUGAAACUUGCAUCACCAUAAAUUCCAGUUCACUGCUGUGAUGGUGGAGAAAGGGAGUCAAUAUUCUGUGUGUGUUUACUAAUUCAUCUUAUUCCAAUGCUGUCUUACUGAUUUGACUAUAUUAUGUCUGGAAAUACUUGUGUUUUGGAACCUAAGAUUCAAAGAUGUGAAACUUGUUUCUUAUUUAGAGGCAUUAUUCUUUAAAGAUAACAAUUCAUAUAAAAAUAUUCCAAUCAUUGCAGAUUGGAAGUUUUGAAGGAAAUGCAGAAAGAAAAAAAGAAGGUACUGAAAAAUAAACUUGUGCUUGCUGCUACUGUCUUUGUUUAAAUGCCAUAACAUUAUGUAGAAAUCAUGACCAUGGUAUGAAUUGUUGGGGUUUUUACUGAGCUCUUGUUGAGUGGACUAAAUCUGUCUAGAAAAGUGCAACACUCAGACUGCAGUCUUAGGGGAAAAACAAAAACAAGAAGAGCAGCAGUAUGACUAUGUUUUCCAUCUACUUUAUAAGCUGUACUCAUGGACACACAUGAUAACAUGAUGUGCUUUAAUACCGCAGCUUGAAAUUUGUAGCAUGUUGAGAUUACAUUGUAAUUUCAUUCAAGUUUUAGUCUGGAAAAAUCACAGAAUGGAUUGGGUUCAGAGGAACCUUAAAAGUUACCUAGUUCCCACUGCUGUGUAAUCUGUCCCCAGCUGUGCUAGGAAUAAACAAGCAGCAUUGCUUGAACUGGGGGACCUAGUUUACCUCUAACCUUGACCACCUGUUUCCCAUCUUCACUACAUGAAGUAGUGCUGUAGGCCCUGUCUGUUCCUAUGGUUUCCUCUUUUGUUUGGUGCUGUGAGUAUCCUGAGUGGAGGUGUCUUGGGUUCAGGCUUUUGCUCUGUCUUGAGGGAUGCUCGUAAGUUCAUGUGUGGUGUGGGCCCAGUAUUUUUCUACCAGAUUGGAUUGUAGGAAACAUUUGAAUCUACUACUGCAGGAGCAACUUUGCACUUCCUCAUUUCUGCAAAGCAUUAUUUGGCUUUCUGGAACAAACCCACAUGCAAUUUUGUACAGUCUUCCAGUCUGUGUUGUAAAGCUAUGAGACUUGACAAAUUAAUUGCUUAUUGUUAAGGCAGUAAUUACAAUUCUUGUUUGGGAAGACUCAUAUUGGCUUUGUUAAAUGUUUUUUAGCACAUUUCCUAUUUGAUUUGCCUUUUUGCCUUGCAAAUGGGAAAAUAAAAAAACUGAACAAACCACCAUCUCUUUGCAGCUCUUAUGUAUUAAAAAGCCAUUAUGUUAAUGCAUCAGGAGGUUUGGUUUAAACAUGUAUUUAUUCCAAACUAUCUUUUCAAGGUGGUCACGUGGAAUAUUAUGAAGAUAAGUAUUCCACUGAUUUCUGAGAUGCUACUGAAUUUGGGAAUAUGAAAUACGGCUUGAACGUUAAAAUGCUGAACCCACAGAGUUCUGUUUAUAGAGCUGUUUAUACACAACAGCCUGACAGCAAAUGUCUAAUGAGAGAAAAUUCUGCAGCUGAUCUAAAUGACCAUGGCUCUGCUUAUAUCAGCAAAGCUCUGUGUUUUUACAUCAGUCAAACAACUGAAUGGAGUAUUUCUUUUCACUGUUGUUGCUUAAUUUUUUGUAUGUGUAAUUGAAAGAAAAAUCAAGUAGUAUCAAGAUGGGAAAAUGACACUUCUUGAAGAAAGUUAUAAUGUCGUAUAUAUGUCUGGGUCUGUUUAAUAAUGUGUAAGAAUAUAUUUGAGUUUGUUACAAGAAUUUUUCUCUGGUGAUCCUUAAAAGCAAACUAAUCCUUCAGGUACAGGUUGACAGGGAGUUUCCAAAUUAGGUUUUUGUAUGGGUGUGGUGUUUGCAACAAGGGUACUCAGCAUCACCUGUUCAGAGCUCUCACACCUAGUUAUUCCUUCCCUGUAUUCGUUAUCGAUUUGCCUUCCUAGGCUUGCUGCUCUUCUUCCAUAGUUCUUUUUAUUCCUUCAUAUUCUUUGUAAAAAUUAUUAAUCUCUAGAAAAAUAGAUACAUUCACUCCCAUGUCCUUUAAAGCAGCUAGUGAAAUGCAUUUACUAUCUCUAUAUAUGUUUCUGUUUUUUAUCUACAUUAGAAGUUUCUUUUUCAAUCACAAUUCAGGGUUGACUGAAUACCAGUUCAACAGUCUGACCUGAUCCCUGUGCAUUUUUGCAUCUGGAAUGAAAAUAAAAUGAUAGUCAAAUGAUG